AUGCAACAUUCCAAGCUAAUUGCUCAUUACAGAGAUGUUCAUUUGCAGACAGAUUUACCAUUUUGUAGAGAGUUGGGGUCAUCAUUUCUCCUCCAGAAAACCAUAAAGAACACUUCACUGAAAUUGUUGGAUGCUUUUGUUGAUUCUGUUUUCGAAUUUGUGGAACAGCCAUUGCUUCCGUCUCAGAGCAACUUUGCUCCGGUUGAUGAAUUAAAGAGAGCUGUUAUUGUCACCGCCAUUGAAGGGCAGAUUCCACAUAGUUUCUCCGAGGGUGUCUACAUCAGAAAUGGUAUUCUUGGCUGCUGUGUAAUUGCAGGACCAAAUCCAUUAUUUGGUGGAUUAAAAUCAACAAAUUCAAUGUUUGGGAGGUCAAGUAACAUUUGGGUAGAAGGAGAAGGAAUGGUUCAUGUUUUGUAUUUUGACAAAGCCAGUGAUGGAGGCUGGACUAUUCUCUACAAUAACCGACAUGUCGAAACCGAAACAUUCAAGCUCGAAAAUGAACGAAACAAACCAUGUUUUCUUCCUGCAAUAGAAGGAGAUUCAGCAGCUGUAUUAUCAGCUUUCUUUUUCAAUCAGCUGAGAUUUGGAAAAGUGAACAAAUACCUAAGCAACACCAGUGUAUUUGAGCAUGCAGGCAGAUUUUUCUCGGCUGCUGAAAAUCACAUUCCUCAAGAAAUUGACAUUUUUACCCUUGAAACCUUAGGCAAUUGGGAUGUUAAUGGAUCCUGGAAUCGACCUUUCACUAGCCACGCAAAGAGAGCUCCGGAUAGUGGGGAGCUGGUAAUAAUGGGAGUCGACGCAACAAAACCUUUCAUGGAAUUAGGAGUAGUUUCUGCUGAUGGGAAAAGAUUAGUUCAUAAAGUGGAUCUAAAACUUAACAGAUGCACCCUUUCGCAUGAUAUUGGAGUUACUCAAAGGUACAAUGUGAUCUUAGAUUUCCCAUUAACCAUAGACAUUCACCGGCUAAUUAAGGGAGGCCCGUUAAUUCAAUAUAACAAGGAAGACUACUCAAGGAUAGGAAUAAUGCCUCGCUAUGGUGAUGCAAACUCAAUCAAGUGGUUUGAAGUAGAACCCAGUUGCACAUUUCACGUCUUUAAUUGCUUCGAACAUGGCGAUGAGAUAGUAGUGUGGGGUUGUAAGGCUCUUGAUUCGGUCAUACCAGGACCUGAAAUGGGAUUAAAUAAAUUUGAAUGGUUUUCAAGAAGGUUUAGGCCAAAACAAUCAUCAUUAUCAGGUGAAGCAAAUAGUAAUAGUAAUAGUAAUGGUAAUGAAGAAGGAUUGUUGUUCAGUCGGUGUCAUGAAUGGAGAUUAAACAUGCACACCGGAGAGGUUAAGGAGCGAUAUCUAAGCGGAACUCGAUUCUCCAUGGACUUUCCAAUCAUCAAUCCAGAUUAUACUGGUCUCAAAAAUAAAAUUGGCUAUACACAAGUGCUUGACUCUGAGGCUAGUUCUAUUUCAGGCAUGGCAAAAUAUGGAGGUCUAGCCAAAUUGUACUUUGAAGAGCCACACAACAAGUCCACUUUGAUAGAUGACCAAGUUGAUGAGGUGCUAAGAGUAGAGUACCAUAAAUUUGAGAAGAAUACCUUCUGCACUGGAGCUGCUUUUGUACCUAAAGUUGAUAGCCUUGAAGAAGAUGAUGGUUGGCUCAUUACAUUUGUUCACAAUGAAGAUACUAAUGUGUCUCAGGCUUAUAUAGUGGACUCGAGAAACUUCAGUGGUGAAGCUGUUGCCAAAAUCACAUUGCCCUGCAGAGUUCCAUAUGGGUUCCAUGGAGUUUUUAUGCCAGUCCAAUUGCCAAAUUUGACAUCAUAACUUAUGAUUCGUAUCAAGUUCAUUUUAUUAAUUCCAAACUUUGUCAAUUGUUAUCUGAGUUGUAAAAGAUAUCAAAAGAAUACUUUGUGAUUAGCUCGAUGCAAAAAGUAUCAGUAGAUUAAGUAUUGAUAAAUCUAUGUGAAUACUAAUACUUUAUUUUAAUUGAUAUGAUAUUUGUUUUUUA